CUUAGCAUAUUCUAUACUAUAAGUCUUGAACCAUUUAGUGAAAGAGAACUUGCUAAAAAAUACUCCAAACGAUCAGAGUUAUUAAAAUUCUUAGGAAUAAAUAUCCUAAAAAGUUAUCCAAAUUCUCUUGCAAAUAAUAUUACAAUACUAGAGCUAGAGAAUUGUCAUGAAUAUAAUGAAAAGAUUUUUUUAAACCCGCCCAAAGUAUUUACUAUAUUAGUGUGUAGUCAUACUCUCUAUCACGACUGUCUUGAAAAAAGUAACAGAGAUAAGCAAAAAACUUGCCCUAUUUGUUUCAUAGAUAAUGAAGGACUGGCGUUAGCUGAAGUUCGGGAUGUAGAUAUGACAAAGGUAGUAGAAGGUGAAAGUGAAGAAACCUCUAAUCUAACAGGAGAG